GUCCUGUUGCGAAACGAGUACCUUGAUCGUUGAAAUUUCGUCAUUACUGUAAAAGUCAUCUUCCGUUAGGUCUGAUCAGGAACGCGGAGUUUCACAAAGGCUUUUAUUUUCGCUGUAAAAUGAGCGACAGCGACGUAAAAUCCACAAGGCCAUUCAAACAGCGGAAAAGUUUUGUCAGUCGGAGAGAUGAAGUUGCUGGAAUCCGAGCCAAGUUCCCGUCAAAAAUUCCUGUUAUAGUCGAGAGAUAUCACAAAGAAAAGGAUUUGCCGCUACUCGAUAAGACAAAAUUUCUCGUUCCUCAAGAGCUAACUAUGAGCCAAUUCGUGACAAUCAUUAGGAAUCGCAUGUCAUUAUCAUCAACACAAGCUUUCUACCUCAUUGUAAACAACAAAAGUUUAGCAAGCAUGUCUAUGACAAUGGCAGAAGUUUACAAGGAAGAGAAGGAUGAAGAUGGAUUCCUGUACAUGGUUUACGCUUCUCAAGAAAUGUUUGGCUCAUGACAAGCAUAAAGUGAGAAAAGGAUACUAAUACAGACAUAAUGUCACUGGAGAACAUUUCCUUUUUAGAAAAAACAGUUCAGAAAUAGGAGAGGAUUGAACAUUUAAGUCCAGAAUCAUCGCCUUAGAUAAACGUAAAAUUGUGAAGAGUCUCAUGUAUUGUGUAUGUAUCCUUCAACAUCAGAAAGUUUUAUCAGUAUUCUAAAGGGUUCAAUUUGUUAGUUAGCACCACAUCUUGUGAUAAUCUGUAGAUAAAACAGAGGUUUUUUGUUAACUGUUAAGAUAAAUAGUGAUUAAUCUUCUUUGGUUGUCCUCCAGCAGGUGCGUAGUGAUUAGAUAGUAAAUAUGUAACUUUGAAUCUCUCAGCUAUUUUCAUGAUAUUUUGCUAAAUUUGAUAAAAAAAAAUUGGAAAGAAAUCAAUUGGAUGAUGUUUUAUCAACAAACAUUCCAUGCAGAUGUGAAGAUAAUUCCCAUGGCAAUGUCAUGAUGUAUUAGGUGGUGCUAAUUUUCUACUAGAUUUGAUCUUGGUCAUUUUGUCAGUGUUGGUAGUGUGGAAAAGAGCAAAUAUGUUCCAAUGAAUCAUGCUGGGGAGAUGAUCUAUUUUUA